GUGGCCACAGAGAGGCACCGGGGAGCCGAGCCCGGCGCGGGGCGGCCGCGGAAACAGCAGGGCUGCGCCCCGGGAACAAAAGGCUCCGGCGGCGGAGAGCGGCGCGGCUGUGGAGCCGUUCCCGGAGCAGGAUGCGCCGAGCGGAGCGCCGCUGCGCCUGGGCGGUUCUGCUGACCCUGUGCGGCCUGAGCGCGGCGCAGCCCCGAGGCAGGCUAGGCUAUUUGAUUGCUGCACCUUCUGUAUUCCGGUCUGGUGUUGAGGAAGCUGUGAGUGUGACCAUCUUCAAUGCUGUCAAGGAGACAACGGUCCAGAUUCAGCUGGUUGUGAAAGGAGAAACCGUGUCACGGGGCCAUGGAACUGUUCUGGAUAAAGGAACAAUCAAACUGAAGGUGCCUUCGGGGCUUCGUGGGCAGGGACAUCUGAAAGUGUGGGGCAACCGCCACGUGACAGAGGAGGGCUACAUUUUUCACAAUUACACCACAGUAACUAUUGAUAGCAAGGGAUCAUCGGUUUUCAUCCAAACUGAUAAGCCUGUCUAUAAACCCAAACAAAAAGUGCUGAUAAAUCUGUUCACGGUUACCUCGGACCUGAGGCCGUUCAAUGACAGGAUUGAAGCUUAUGUAGUGGAUCCUCGGGGGUCUCGUAUGAUAGAGUGGAGCAACUUAAAGCCGUUUUGUUGUGGCAUGGUGAAUAUGAGCUUUCCUUUGUCUGAUCAGCCUGUGUUUGGAGAGUGGCUCAUCUUUGCUGAAAUGCAGGGGCACACGUACAACAAAUCCUUCGAAGUUCAGAAAUAUGUAUUACCAAAAUUUGAGUUGCUGAUUGAUCCACCUCGCUACAUUCGUGACCUUACAACGUGUGAGAAAGGAACAGUCCAUGCCAGAUAUACAUUUGGAAAACCAGUGACAGGAAGGUUAAUUGUCAAUAUGACUAUAAAUGGUGUAGGGUAUUACAGGCAUGAAGUGGGACACCCUGUCCUCAAGACCACCCAGAUUGAUGGCUCUGCUGUUUUCGAUGUGUGUGUGAAAGACAUGAUGCCUGCUGAUGUCCCGGAGCAUUUUCGAGGCACAGUCAAUAUCUGGGCCACGGUGGUCAGCUCUGAUGGGAGCAAACAGGUCACGUUCGAUGACUCGACGCCUGUUCAGAAACAGCUGAUUGAUAUCAAGUACUCCAAGGACACCAGGAAACAGUUCAAACCUGGACUGCCUUACAAAGGAAAGGUAGAAGUCACUUACCCUGAUGGAAGUCCAGCUGACAGAGUCACUGUUCGGAUUAAAGCUGAACUCACACCGAAGGACAAUGUUUACACAAGUGAGUUGGUGUCAAGAAAUGGCCUCGUGGAGUUCGAAAUCCCUUCCAUUCCUACAGCUGCCCAAUAUGUCUGGCUGGAGACCAAAGUGACAGCAAUUGAUGGGAGACCAUCUGGGGAUCAGUAUCUGCCAAACUACUUGUCCAUCAGUAGCUGGUACUCACCCAGCAAGUGUCACAUCCAGCUCCAGGCACCAGAUAAGCCUUUCCAGGUAGGAGAGGAGGCUUGGAUUGCAGUGAAGUCCACAUGUCCUUGCAACUUCACUCUACAUUAUGAAGUGGCAUCGCGAGGUAACAUUGUCCUUUCAGGGCUGCAGCCCAGCAACAUCACUCAGCAGAGGAGCAAAAGAGCCACGAUUCCCUUUGAGAAGAGCAUGGAUGUCACUCAUUUCCCAGGAGCAGCACCUACCGACACCCCUGCAACAGAGGUUGAAGUGUGCAUGACCUUCCUCCAUUUCUCAGUAUCUCACAACAUGGCUCCCUUGGGCCGUCUUCUGGUGUAUUACGUCAGGGAGAAUGGAGAAGGGGUCACAGACAGCCUGCAGUUCUCCGUGAAGCCCACCUUUGAGAAUCAGGUUGCAGUGACUCUUUCAGCAAACGAGACCAGACCUGGUGAUGUUGUGAACAUCAAGGUCAGAGCUGCAAAGUCAAGCUGUGUUUGCGUUGCCACUGUGGAUAAGAGCGUCUACUUGCUGAAGACAGGUUUUCAGCUGACAGCCAGUCAGGUUUUCAAGGAGCUGGCAGAGUACGAUGUAUCCGAUGCCUUUGGAGCCCCGAAGGAGGAAGGGCACUUCUGGUGGCCAGGCAUGUCCUCCCGUCGACGCCGUAGAUCUUCUGUCUUUCCCUGGCACUGGGAUGUCACCAAGGAUGCUCGCUUCGCCUUUACAGAAACCGGCUUGGUUGUAAUGACAGAUACAGUCAGCUUAAACCACAGGCAGAAUGGAGGCAUGUACACAGACGAGGCUGUCCCAGCUUUUCAGCCUCACACUGGGACAUUGGUGGCUACAAUGCGUUCUAAAAUGGCACAGAGCAGAGCAGAGAGGAGAAAAAGAACCUUCUUUCCAGAGACAUGGAUAUGGCACUGCCUCAACGUCAGUAAUACAUCAGGAGAAGCAGAGCUGCACGUGGAAGUGCCAGACUCCAUCACUACAUGGAUAACCGAAGCUGUGGGCCUUUCUGAGGAGGAGGGGUUGGGCAUUGCCAAUCAAACGGAGCUGAAGACCUUUAAGCCUUUCUUCAUCGAUUUCACGUUGCCAUACCACGUCAUCCGAGGAGAACAGACCAAAAUCCCAUUGACUGUCUACAAUUACUUAUCUGUCUGCGUAGAGGUACACGUGAAGAUUUCUGUUCCGAAAGGCAUAAAGUUUGUUGGGCAUCCUGGGAAGCACCAUCUGACAAGAAAGAAGUGCGUUGCCCCCGGGGAAGCUAAACCCACCUCUGUUGUUUUGUCCUUCAGCGAGCUUGGACUGAGCAACAUCACUGCAAAAGCUUUUGCUUAUGGUGGAACUAAUUGCUGUCAGAAUGGGAUGCAGACCUUAAAGAAUGGCAAGCACUCAGAGGACAAUUAUGUGGACAAAAGGACCCCAGUUGGAGUGGAUUAUGUUCGCAGUAGUGUUGUUAUUGAGCCAGAGGGGCUGUCAAGAGAGUACACCUACAGUGUGUUCUUCUGCCCAAAUGAGAAAAUUCACAUUUCUACACCUAACAAAUAUGAGUACCAGUACAUGCAGAAGCCUGCCCAGAUGACACAUUUCGACAUCGCAGUGAAGGCACACAACGAUGCUCACGUGGCACUGUCCUCUGGUCCCCAUGACAUGGCAGAGAUGACAGAAAUUGUUAUUGGUGGGCACCAAAAUACUAAAACAUGGAUUUCCAUCAGCAAAAUGGGUGAGCCGGUGGUCAGCAGAGACACAGCUGGUAUCCUGUCCUGGGAUGAAUUCCGCAGCUUCUGGAUCAGCUGGAAAAAUGGAAUUAUUCAGGUUGGCCAUGGUACUCGGGUGCUAAAUGAAUCUAUUAUUGUGGAGUGGACAGUCCCCAAGCAGUUCGAGGUGAAGUACAUUGGCUUUUCCACAGGCUGGGGGUCAAUAGGAGAGUUUAAAAUUUGGAGGAAAGAAGAGACUGAUGAAAAUCACAAUGAAGCAUUUACUCUUGGAGUUCCCCACAACAUAAUUCCAGGAUCAGAAAGAGCUACAGCUUCAAUAAUAGGAGAUGUGAUGGGUCCUACAUUAAACAACUUGGACAAUCUUCUGCGAUUACCAUUCGGCUGUGGAGAGCAGAACAUGAUCCACUUUGCUCCUAAUGUUUUUGUCCUGAAAUAUCUGCAGAAAACCAAGCAACUCAGUCAAGAAGUGGAAAGUGAAGCUACUGAUUACCUUGUUCAAGGCUACCAGCGCCAGCUGACCUACAAGAGGCAGGAUGGCUCAUACAGCGCGUUUGGCGAGAGGGAUUCCUCGGGGAGCAUGUGGCUGACAGCAUUUGUCCUCAAGUCCUUUGCACAGUCCAGGGGCUUUAUUUUCAUUGACCCAAAAGAACUCACAGCUGCAAAGGAGUGGAUCAUUCAGCAUCAGAAGGAAGACGGCUCUUUUCCUGCUAUGGGCAGGAUUCUGAAUAAGGACAUUCAGGGUGGAAUCCAUGGUAAGAUCUCCCUGACAGCUUAUGUGGUUGCAUCUCUUUUGGAAACAGGUGUAACUUCGGAGGAAGAGAGAUCUGCUGUUGACAAAGCAAAACACUUCUUAGAGGCCAACUUGCACUCAGCAGAAGACCCUUACACCACUGCCUUGACUGCAUAUGCCCUGACACUGCUGCACAGUCCUUCUGCUGCUGUGGUGCUGAGGAAGAUGAACAGCAUGGCAAUCACACAAGAUGGCUUUACACACUGGAGCUUGACGGGAAGUCUUGUAGCUGAUGAAGAUACCUUCAUGGGCUUUAAUGAUGGACUCUCUCAAUCAGUAGUUUCUGCGGAAGUGGAAAUGACAUCUUAUGCCCUUCUGACAUACACACUCCUAGGAGAUGUGGCUUCUGCACUCCCUGUGGUAAAAUGGCUCUCACAGCAGAGGAAUGCACUUGGAGGAUUCUCUUCUACUCAGGACACGUGUGUAGCCCUGCAGGCUCUGGCUGAGUAUGCGAUCCUUUCUUAUGUUGGAGGAGUCAACCUUACCAUUUCCUUGGCUUCGACUAAUUUAGACUACCAGGAGACAUUUGAGCUUAAUAAAAUGAAUAAAAAAGUCCUCCAGACUGCAGUGAUCCCCAGUAUUCCCACGGGGCUGUUUGUGAGUGCCAAAGGUGAAGGCUGCUGUCUGAUGCAGAUUGAUGUCACAUACAACGUGCCAGAUCCUAUUGCCAAACCAGCAUUCCAGCUCCUGGUUAACCUGAAGGAGCCAAAGUCAGAGCAGCAUCUCCAAGCUCCAGUUCUGCUGCGCUCUCUCUCUCCAGAUGAGAAUCGCUCUGAAACCUUUCACAGAGAGAGAGCAGUGGUGGAUGAUGAUGACCCGGCUGCAGAUCGGGACCAUCAGGAGUACAAAGUGAUUCUGGAGACGUGCACAAGAUGGCUGCAUUCGGGAUCCUCUAACAUGGCUGUGCUGGAAGUGCCAUUGUUCUCAGGGUUUCGUGCAGACAUCGAGAGCCUCGAACAGUUACUGAUGAACAAGCAAAUUGGAUUAAAAAGAUAUGAAGUGGAUGGAAGAAAAGUCCUAUUUUAUUUUGAUGAGAUCCCUAGCCAGUGCAUGACCUGUGUAAAGUUUCAAGCUUUCAGAGAGUAUAUAGUGGGGAAAACAGCUCCUGUUCCUAUCAAAGUGUAUGAUUACUAUGAGCCAGCUUUUGAAGCAACUCGUUUCUACAACGUGAGUGAGAACAGCCCCUUGGCACGGGAGCUCUGCGACGGGCCGACGUGCAAUGAGGUGGAGAGCUCAGCAAGCCAGUGGGCUGGCUUUUCUCACUCUGGGCCAUGCAAUAACAUUUUUGGAUGCUUGGAGGAUGAGUAUUUUGAGCAAUGCAUGUGCUCAAGAGACUGUGGCUAUGAUGGGGAUCCUGUAUGCGGAUCAGAUGGACAGAUCUACCAGAACCAUUGCCAAAUGGAAGUAGCAUCGUGCAGGAAUAAUACGAGGAUAGAGCAGAUCCCCAUGUCUCAGUGUUCUAACUCCAAGAAUUUGCCAGAAGAAAGGGAGACAAACUCCCACACAGCUGAGCAACCCAGCAUCCAACAGACUCCAGCAGCUGAGGAAGGCCCUCCGCUGCCGUUGGAUCUGUCGUAUUAUUCCUAUGAAUACGAACCGGACCCCUACGCCUCUGAAGCUGACGUUUUUGAGACGGUGGCAGAACUGACAACAGUGAGCACGUUAAGAGAAGUGGACACCAUCCAGGAAGUAGUGACCACCGUAGAAUGAAAUAUAUAAUUUAAAUAAAAAGAAGAGGCUCAGAAUCAACUCCUGUAUGAGUUUGUUCCAACAGAUGACCUGCUGCAGAACAGAAACUGAAUGAUGACUACUUCCUGCUGCCCUCAGAACUGUGUAAGCUUUUCUGCCCCCCGGGGAGAACUGGAGAGCACAGAGGGACACUCAGUGUUAUUCUUCUGUCAAUUUUUCUGCCUUUUGUGCAACCUCUUAGGAAUGCUUCCAAGGAUGGAAGGCCGAUAUGCUGUGCCCUCUAGGUGAGAAAAAUAGGGGCUGGAAUUCAAACCUAUAGACCAUUUCCAAGUGUCUUCUCUAUUAUCAGGAUACUGCAACUGCCAUUUCCUAGCUACAUUUAGAAGCUAAGUCCAGGCCUUGUGCUUAGCUAAACUGCUGUUUGAGGAAAGAUGGCUGAGAAGUUUUCUCUCAAAUUAUAAUAAUAAAAAUCAGUGUAUUUUGCUAGUUGUGACAUAGCAAGAGGCUAGUAAUCUUCUGUAGCCUAUAAAUCUGCUGCACCCAUAAUGAUGUCCCACAAGAAGAAAAACUGCACUAUUAUAUCCAUGUUGUUGGGCGGUCUGUUUUACAAGAGAAAACUGAAAUCCAGGGCUGGAAAGCUUCAGGUGAGGAGUUUGCCAGCUGUAACAGCAUCUGGUGGAUGAGCCCUCUUCAUUUUGCACUAUGUGCUGGUGAGGGCUGCUUGCAGCCUUCUCAGCUCUGCAGCCCCUUUCCUCCUUGUAACUCUGGCAUGAAAAUAAAGCUGACCUGAGGCACAGUUCUUUUAAAUGCUUGCCUGACUUCACCAAUCACUUCAAUUCUGCUCCCUCCACACGAUGCCUUUGCUGGAUAUGGCCAUCCAUACAGUGGCCCUGGGGCUGCUGGUGGUUCAGAUCCCCACAGCCUGACCUGCACCAGCAACGCAGUACAACUAAAACUAAAAGCUUUGUUUCCAGAAGUGCAUUACUUUUUGGUUUCCCUCCCUGGCUGGAGCAGCACUGUUCUCUUUAGAGGAGUUUGAUUCAAUUGCCUGUUGCAAAAUACUGCUAAUAUUUUAUCUUCUCACUUCUAUUGUUAGGAGGACCCAGAGUGGGGUGGGGACUCCUUUUGAGAUAUUUCGUGGUGAAUGGAAACAGAAAAAAGCCCAACCCUGUUCAUUUUGGGGCCUUACUUACAUAGGAACACUGACAAGAAUAUAUCCCAGUACAGACAUUCUAUUCCAGAACAAGGGCAGUUUUAUUCCAGAAAACUGUCUGCACAGGGACAAAACGGGGGGUACCCCAGACCCUGGGUGUGUAGUUGUAGCAGAAAUGCUGAGACACAGCCUGAAGCAGUGAUUGAACACCUGGUGGAAGGCAGGGCCAGUCUAGGGGAGCUCAGGUGCAGGAUGGAGCCAGGACCCCCCCUUCCCAGCCCGACUUAAGGGUUGGCAGUAGAGGUGAGGGGAUCUUCUGGAGAUCCCUGCAUCCCUGAGACCUUUUGAAGGGAAGCAGCUUCUUUCCUUCAUUUCUGUGCCCACUGCUGUUGCAUUUGAGCAAACCCUCACUUGCUGCAGCCUGGCACCUCGCUGCUCAGUUAUUGCUGCGCUUUCCAUUGCUUUACGGUAAUUUCCAUUCCUUUAUGUCAGGCUGGCUAUUUGCAGAGCGUCACAACAUUGUGAGGGUUUGGCUCUCUAAGUUCUCUGGAGUUUCAGAACUGCUCUGUGAAGGUAUGAGCCUUCCCCCCAUCGUUUGCAGCCUGCCUGCUGCUCUCAGCUCUCCUGCAGAACCUCGCUGUGGCUGCUGCCUGUGUGUACCCACUGCUCCUCUGCAGUUUUUUGCCACGUCUGUUCAGUGCACAUUAACAGAUUGUGUCCUUGCUGUGUCCACACUGUGCAAUGGAAGCACUGGCAGCUGCGUUCCUGCCUGGCAGGUAAAGAAAAAUGCCCUUAAACUCAAUUCCAUCUCCUGUAAGCGACUGGCCUGGCAGAUGCUGGCUAUUGUGUACACACGGCCUGAGUCAAUAUUUAUCCCCUGGGUAAACAGCAGACCCAGUAUGAGCUGCAGAGAGCGGCAUUUUUGGUUGAUUUUUUUUAUUUUUCUUUUUUUUUUUUCCCUGGCUAUCAAAGCUGCAUGAUACAAACCCUGCUGUUUGCUGGUUUCAGUGUCUGUUCAGUGCUUUGAGUCGGGAUAUUUGGGCACUGUGAUUCUGUCAGUGUAACCAACUGCCCUGGGAAGAUGGGACCUGUGCCCUGAGCUCUGCAGCCUCCUGUGCUCUUUCCCUUCCUGGGUUUCAUUUUCCUGUCUCAUCCCUUCAGAUGAGUUCAGAAGGAUGUUUGAGGUAAUUUCAUGUUGAUGCUCUCGUAGAUCCUUGGGCAGUCCAGCAGUGUCCCCACUGGGAUGAGCUGAUGAAGGCAGAGGGUUUCAGCUGAGUGUUAAAUGUGACUUCAUUUUCCUCAGGCUCUGCUAUGUGUAAUGGAGUAACUCAAGAUUCAAGAAAGCUUCAUAUUACUGCCAGCUAAAUAAUUCCUGUUGGUGCCAGCCCAUCAACCUGGCUUUGUUCUGUGGGUUCUUUGGGGCAGUUUCAGGGCAAUCAUUGGGCUGUCUCCUCUUCAUAGCUAGGAGAGAAUGGGUUCAUUUGUCACCAAGGAAGAGACAAACCCAGUGGUGGAAUGGCAGCAGAGCUGCUGCUGCUUUGGGCUGAGUUGGCUGUGCCUUAGAAAUGUGUGCCUCCCUCUGUUAGGGAGAUGCUUCUCCUUUCCUUUCUCUGAUGGGUUUGUGAGACAGAUUUCUGCUUCCACCAAGUUACGUUACUAAAUAGCCAACAGCAGUGCUAAUUAUUGGUGACUUUCUGCUUGCAAUCCUUUCAAUGAAAUUAAUAUUUAUAUAUUUGUAACUGUACAUUAUGCAGAGUAACCAUUACCAUGGUAUUUAUUUUAAAGCAAUAGCUUCCUCGUCCUUUCUUGUCUGGGUGUUUUGGUCUUAGCUCUUUCCAUUCUUUUUAAUCAGCCUCAGUAGGAAAAAAAAGCCCUCAGAAUGUUCAGCUUGCUUGGAUAACAUCAUGGAAACGACAGCACUUGCUUUGCUAACACUGACAAUUGAUAUUUAACCUGGGGUAACCUGGUUUUCAUUAUGGUUGACAGAUGACCUAUUUGGAAAACCUCAGCUCAUUUUGUUGUUUCUUUUCCUCUUUUGGUUUUCGGUGCUUGCUCCUUCUGAUGGAGUGACAGCAGUCUGUGCUGCCUCUCCAGCAGCAGCUGCCAUGUUCUGCACGUGCUCUGCUGCACCCACAGGAGAUGGGCUCUAGUUUUCACCUAGAAAACUGGAACUAGUUUUCACCUGAGGUGCAUCCCACCCCAGCACUUACAUGUGAGCACACCGUUCUAUGAGCAUUUUUGUUUUGUUCACACACACAUCCUAGCAACUCUGAGUCCGGAAAAGGGUUUGUUUUAGAUUCUGGUAAAUAUUUUAUUAAAAACUGAUUUUAAAACAAUCUUUUCUGUCUCUUUAUUCGCACUGUAGGCUGUAGGGCUGUUUGGUUGUAGAUCACAGUUGUGGCUGUACCAAUAGAAACACCGAAUUCAGGAACUCUAAGGAAUCUCGUUGCCCAUUUUCUGC